AUGACUACUUCCAUCAGACAGAGCUCUUCUUCUACCUAUGGUGGUGGCUUUGGGGGUGGUGGAAGCAGCAGCUCUCGCCUCUCCUCAAUCCGAACAGGAGGAUCCUACAGGGCUCCAAGCAUACAUGGAGGAUCUGGUGGCAGGGGUGUCUCUGUCUCUUCAGCUCGGUAUGUCUCCUCCGUAGGAAGUGGAUAUGGUGGUGGCUUGUGUUCGGGUUUUGGUAGUGGCUAUGGAGGAGGCUACGGAGGAGGUAGCGCCUUACAAAGUGGCUUUGGUUGGGGUGCCGGUGGCUUUGGUGGAGGGGCUGGCUUUGGUGGAGGGGCUGGCUUUGGUGGAGGUCUUGACUUUGGUGGAGGUGAUGGCCUUCUCUCUGGAAAUGAAAAGAUAACUAUGCAGAAUCUAAACGACCGUCUGGCUGCGUACCUGGACAAGGUACGAGCUCUGGAAGAGGCAAAUGCUGAUCUGGAGGUCAAAAUCCGAGACUGGUAUCAGAAGCAAGCUCCCACUAGCCCAGAGCGGGACUACAGCCAUUAUUACAAGAUAAUUGAAGAUCUCCGGGACAAGAUCCUUGCAGCUACUAUUGACAAUUCCAGAAUCAUUUUGGAGAUUGACAAUGCCAGGCUGGCUGCAGAUGACUUCAGACUCAAAUACGAGAAUGAGUUGUUCCUUCGCCAGAGCGUGGAGUCUGACAUCAACGGCCUGCGCAGAGUCCUGGACGAGCUGACUUUGGCCAGAGCUGACCUGGAGAUGCAGAUUGAAACACUGAAGGAGGAGCUGGCCUACCUCAAGAAGAACCAUGAGGAGGAAAUGAAAGAAUAUAAAAAUCAGCUAAGUGGAACAGUCAAUGUAGAAGUGGAUGCUGCUCCUGGAAUUGACCUGACCAGAAUACUAUCAGAAAUGAGGGAACAGUAUGAAGCUCUGGCAGAGAAGAAUCGUAAAGAUGCUGAAGCCUGGUUCUUCACUCAGACUGAUGAGCUGAACCGUGAAGUAGCUACCCAUACACAACAGAUACAGACCGGCAAAUCAGAGAUCACAGAACUGAGACGCACAUUCCAGGGCCUAGAGAUAGAGCUUCAGUCCCAGCUCAGCAUGAAAGCUGGACUGGAAGCCAACUUGCAAGAUACAGAAGCACGAUACUGUGCACAACUAGCACAAAUUCAGGCCCUCAUCACCAGCGUCGAGGAGCAACUGAGUGAACUCCGAUGUGACAUGGAGCGUCAGAACCAGGAGUACCGGAUGCUCAUGGACAUUAAAAGCCGCCUGGAGCAGGAGAUCGCCACGUACCGCCAGCUGCUGGAGGGCCAGGACUCUCAGAUGUCGGGAUGGAGCCCUAAGGACGCACAUCUGAGCAGCGGAAGAGUUCGCAUCAGUGUGGAAGACUCAGUAGAUGGAAAGGUUGUUUCUACUCGUGAAAAGAAACUAUGUCAAACCAUCACAAAAAUCUGCACCAUCACAGAAGAGAUUAAGGACAGCAGAAACAUGUCUUCCCAUGAACAAGUCCAGCAUUGCCCUCCUAUUAAAAACAAACAAGAGGCGACGAUGAAACCCUCUCAGGACCUGGAAGUGGAAAUACAGUGGUCCUACCACUAUGCUUACGGGUGUUGCAGCGUUCUCUUUAGCAAAGUUCUAUUUUCCUACAUGGCUUUAGCAUUGUAG